UGCAGCUGAAGCAUUUGCAACACAACGACUGAUGGAACAUUAUGUCACCUAAAUUAAAUGAAAACUUAAGCAAAUGGUGGUGGAGAUCACAUAUUCUAGUGUGCUCCACUUUCUCUGCUAAUGAAAGAUGUUUUGGUCACGCCCCUUUUCCUUUAAUAUUUUCCCUUCCCCCUGUUUUAGCAAAAAAAAAAUUGCUUAUUUUUGAGCUCCUGUUUAGCAACUUUUUCCCCUAGUAUAAUAUAUGCUGGGACUAACUCAACUUUUUUGAAGCAACUCGACUAUGCAGGAAGCCGAGGUGCGUAAAGGGCCGUGGCUGGAGGAAGAAGACAAUCAGCUGGCUGCUGCUGUUGCUGUUUUGGGAGAUAAAAGAUGGGAUGCAUUAGCCAAAGCAUCAGAUGAAGUCUGUAUGUUUGAUGCAGGGCUAAGGAGGAGUGGCAAGAGCUGCAGGCUGCGAUGGAUGAACUAUCUGCGUCCCAAUCUGAAGCACGGCAACAUCUCCGUUGAAGAAGAGCGAAUCAUCAUCGACCUCCAUCAGAAAUGGGGAAACAGGUGGUCCAAGAUCGCCCGGAGAUUGCCAGGAAGAACUGACAACGAGAUAAAAAACUAUUGGAGAAGUCACUCAAAGAAGAAAGCUCCAGUGAUGGACAAGGAAUGCACCAAAAACACUUCGUUGAGAUCAGAAUGCGCGACCACAACUCCAAUCAAGAGCGAUAUAUUUGAUGCAACGACAUCACCUUAUGAGGCCAGGUUGACGGACUGGAUGUCAAACUGGCCUCCCGAUGACUCCCUCGACUCCAAGCUUUACAGCCCGGAAUGGAGUAGUACCACGUGGGAUAUUUCUCUCUGGGAUGGAGAAUAGUUACACUACUGUAAUUUGUAUAUAUAUAUAUAUCAAUAUCAAUUCAUAAUGAAUUGUCUCAAAAGAAAAGAAAAUUAUAAUAAUAAUAAUUAAUCCUGAUGAUGGAGUUUCCUAAGCA